CUAUAAUAACUAUCACCAAACACAGAAAUCAGAAGAGGACAUGGCAUCGUCCAAGGUGGUGGUCGCGACGAAUCCCGAUGUGGCGCCGCAGAGUUCGAUUUCGAGCCAGGUAUGGGACGAGGUGGUCGGGGGCGCUGAGUCUCAGGACAUGGCAAUCAGCCUCCAUGAUUUGUUGUUGACCUCCGUUGCCAGAAACGACGUCGUUCCGCCCUCUCACGGGGGAAGGGGAAAGAGAAAGGCUGUGGAGGAAGCCGUCGUGGAUAGGGCUACUCUUCAGAAACAGAGAAGGAUGAUAAAAAACAGAGAAUCUGCCGCUAGGUCCAGGGAACGCAAGCAGGCUUAUACAGUUGAGUUAGAGUCUUUGGUUACAAUUCUCGAGGAAGAGAAUGCUCGAUUGUUAAAGGAAGAGGCUGAAAGGAGAAGGCAGAGGUUCAAUCAGCUCAUGGAGUGCCUUAUUCCAGUUGAGGAGAAGAGUAAACCAAGACGAAUGCUUCGGCGAGUGAAUUCAGCCCAGUGGUGAUGUAAUAUGCUGCUAGUCCUGACGGACUAGUUUUGAAGUCCUAGUGUAGAUACCAAACAAAUGAUGCAUGAUAGUGUUAAAGGGUAAAUAUGAAACAGAGAGGAAAGAUUUGAAAGGUUAAUUUAUACACACAUAGCUUUGCUGAUUAUUUUGCAGGAUCAUUCCAAGUUACAUUGCUACAUAGAGAAAAUGGCUGCAGCCAAGUAAUAUUUGACUAAUUUGAUUGAAGCUGAAGCUGAAGCCAAGUAAUGUUUUAAUAUAUUUGGGAGAUGGUAAUUGAAAUUAGAAUGUAUGAGUAAUGUUAGAUCCUCUGGUUUUUCAUGUUUUAGGGAGGAAACACUGAUAAACAUGGACUAUGUAUUGUAAGUUUCAUAUAUAAUUUUUACUGCAAAAUGCCUAUCUAUUCUGCUA